AUGGUUUCCAUGUCAACUUUGCUCAUGGUCGCGCUCAGCACUCUGGGCAACGCCGCACCCUUGGUGCCUCGCGUCGAUUGCGCGACUGGCUCUGGCGUCUACAUCAUCGAAGCUCGCGGAACCUACGAGGGAAACCCGGGCAAGAUUGACCAGGUUGCUACCCUGAUCAAAGGCAAGUAUCCUGGUUCGGUGGUGGCCAGUGUCAACUACCCUGCCUCGGCUGGCCUCUUCUUCGAUCCCGGUUACAAUCAGUCCGUCAGCGCGGGCGUCAACGAUACAAAGUCCAAGAUCGCGGACUAUGUCAGCAGCUGCGGUGCAAAGAGCCGCAUUGUCCUCCUGGGCUUCAGCCAGGGCGGCAAUGUCAUGACCGAUACCCUUGCCGGCGGCCCCGGCAAACCUGCUCGCCUGGCCGAGACCUACCGAGCAAACAUUGCCGGCGUGGCCGUCUUCGGCGACCCGACCUUCACCAAGAAGCAGACCUUCAACGGCGGCACCUCGACCAAGAGCGGCAUCUUCGUGCGCUCCGGCGGCAGUCUCACCAACCUCAAGACCUACGCCAAGGUCGUCCGCAGCUACUGUGACGAAAACGACGAAUUCUGCUCCACCGACAGCGACAAGCAGGGCCCGUCCAACAGCGUCCACAACAACGAGGUGCCCGGCCAUGCCGACGAGGCGACCGCGUUCAUCGCCAGUCUGCUCGGAUAG